GGUUUGUGAUGUGAACGUCGCGGCGGACGUCGUGACCUGUACGUAUGAACAGCCGGGCUACGAGCUUCUUUAGCUCGACUCCAACAACAUGUUUACGGUCUCUCCUCGAUGGGGAACCGUGAUAAACUGUGGCUUAGCGUUUCGCUCUUAAAUGUGGCGACGUAACGUUAAAGUUAACUGAAAUGGGUGACGACGCUGGCAGCUAAAGUAGAGGUGGGCAGGAUGGGGGAGCGGGCCGUCAGCAGCCCCGCGGCUGCCAUCUCUCCAGUGCAGCAGAUGCUGGCUUCUGGCACUGGAGCCCUCCUCACAUCUAUUUUUGUCACACCGCUGGACGUUGUGAAGAUCAGGCUGCAGGCUCAGCAAACACCGUUCCACCAAGCUUCAGCUCCGUGGGGUGGCGUCUUCCGCCCUUCCAAGUGGAGGUGUUUCCUGUAUUGUAAUGGACUGAUGGAUCACAUCUACGUGUGUCAGAAUGGAACCAGUUGCACCAGCUGGUACAAAACACCAACACAUUUCAGUGGGACACUUGACGCUUUUGUGAAAAUCACUCGACAUGAAGGACUCAGGUCAUUGUGGAGCGGGCUACCACCAACACUGGUUAUGGCUGUACCCGCCACCAUCAUCUACUUCACCUGCUACGACCAGCUGCGGGACUUUCUGAGAUACGGUCUGGGUUUCCAGGGCAGCCACAUCCCCCUUGUUGCAGGCGGUCUGGCUAGAUUGGGGGCUGUGACAGUGAUCAGCCCUCUGGAGCUGGUCAGGACCAAGAUGCAGUCCCGUCGGCUGCCCUACAGCGAGCUGCGGGUGUGCAUCCGCUCUGCUGUGGCCCAGGAUGGCCUGCUGUCACUGUGGAGGGGCUGGGGGCCUACCGUUCUCAGAGACGUACCCUUCUCUGCUUUGUACUGGUUCAACUAUGAACUGGUGAAGGCCCAGUUAUGUGAGCAGUCCAGAGUGACUCAGGCCAACUUCUCCAUCAGCUUUACUGCCGGGGCCGUCUCUGGAGCUAUUGCUGCAAUCCUGACGCUGCCUUUUGACGUGGUGAAAACACGGAGACAGAUCCAGCUGGGAGAAAUGGAUACUGUGGGAGCCUCCUUAAAGAAAACCACAUCCACAUGGCACAUAAUGAAGGAAAUAUGGGCCGAGUUGGGCUACAGGGGGCUCUUUGCAGGUUUCAUGCCCAGAGUGAUCAAAGUGGCCCCAGCCUGUGCUGUUAUGAUAAGCACCUAUGAGUUUGGAAAGGCCUUCUUCCAAAAGGUGAACCUUGAUAGAGAGUGACCGCCAUCUUGAAGACUGGGUCUGGUUGUUUUUCAGUGGCUGAAGAUAAUUCACAUGACAGACAUUGUUAUACGGCAGAAGCUUGAUGAACACUGGGGCCUGAAUUUGAUAUUGUGUGAGCACAGUGAGAUUCCUCUCCCUGUAGAUCUGCUCUCUGGAGACUGUGAUAAGACUUGAGACACACCUACAUCCUUGAACUUCAUAAUGAGCUUGAACUACAAGCCUGGAUACUGAGAGAAGCUCUUUGACCCAUAUCCUUUUAUUUGUGUUGAUUAUCUGAGCAAAUGUUUUUUUCCAGGUAUCUUAAAAAGAAACUGUUUAAAUCCCUAAAAGGAAAGGGGCUUGUACCAAAUUACACUGACACCGAUUCACCCACUGUACAGGACAAUGUUUAAACCCUCUUUAAGGACUGCAACUACAUCGUUACUGUCGCAUGAGUCGGGAAACUGUUCCCACAAUUUGCAUUGCCUGAGACCAACUGCAUGGCGUGUACAGCUUUAUUCAAUACAAAGUCCAGAAAAUCUGGUCCAAUCUGCAUUCCUGCAGCAGUAAAGCAUGACAUUUUUGCCAUCUGAGUAGAAGACUGAUAAAUCUGUUUUGUAUGCUGGAUAGAUAUGAUCAUUUGUAGCACUUUACAUUUACAAGAGAAGCGCUGUGAAAUGAAAUCACUAUAAUAACCACAGUUUUUUCUAUGUUUGUUGAAUAUACGCCUCUUUUCUGUUCUCGUAACUGGAGGAAAGUCAGAAUACAAAAACACAAGGCCUGAAAAUUAAAGCUAGCCUUCUUAGAAGACAUGUUUACAUUGUGUGCAUGAAGUUUGCAUUUUAUGCUAUAGUUGCAUUACAAGAAUUCAUGAAUAUUUGAGAACAUUUUUCAGUGAAAACCACUGCAGCCAUCUUACCAAAAGUAACACAGUUAUUCUGAUAUUUCGCCAAGAUUGUUUAGAUGAUGGUAAAGGAAAAUCACAAGAGGCUUUCCAACCUUUCCCCUAGUGCUAUUCUGGUCAACAUGACGUUAAAACUUGUUACAUCACUGGAUCAUAAAACAAAAAUAUUGCUGCCUUAACCUGAAAGGUGUAAAUGUGUGUGUUUCUUUGUUGUUUUUUUAAUGAAUGAAACAAUAAUAAAUGUUAAGACAGCUGGA